AUGGCCGACCUUCAUUUCCUUCCCGCGAAGGAGAACCAAACGCUCAAGUUCGCCUUCGCCGUUCUGGGAAUCAUGAGCACCCUCCUCAUCUACGGCGUCCUGCAGGCAAGCCACCUCUCCCUUCCUCUUUGUCGUCUCUGCAGACCAUUCACCCUGCUUAAGGCGGAUCAAUCAUCUCGCAGGAAAAGAUUAUGAGGGUCCCUUACGGUGAAAAGAAAAAUUACUUCAGAUAUUCACUGUUCCUCGUGUUCUGCAACCGAAUCACGACAUCCGCUGUCUCAGCUGGUUUUCUAUUGGUAAACAAGCCGAUCUUGACGUUGAUCUGUACCCCAUUUCAAAAGCUACUGGAUUCAUUGCUGCCCUCUGUGUUUCUCCCUUCCUGAAGGGAAGUAGCAAGGCCCUAGAUCCUGUCGCUCCAAUCUACAAAUACUGUGCAGUAUCAGUGUCCAACAUACUCACCACCACAUGUCAAUAUGAGGUUAGAUUAUAUCGGCAUUGUGCACGGUAUAUUCUCGUGCUUGUGCAAGUUUUCUUAAUUUUUUUUUAUAUCUAUUUACCUUUUUUUCAUGAUUUUUUGUAAAUAAUUGACUGUUUCAGGCGCUGAAGUAUGUCAGUUUUCCUGUCCAAACGCUUGCUAAAUGUGCAAAAAUGAUGCCUGUCAUGGUAGGUUAAUUAGCUGCCCUAUUUUUUCCUUAUUGACCCUCUUGCGUGGAGUGAUCUCAGGAUCUCUGGAAUUAUAUCUUUUCUCAUGAUAGCAUAACACCUGCUCAUGGUUUUUUCAGAAAAUUCCCUGUUUUUUCUUUUAUGGAAAUCCCGAAAGUUUUUUUCAUCUGUUCAAUUUGCAAUUUUUCCUCUGACACGUUCUUGAAAAACCUUGGUGGGGUUCGUUCUUCUGUCAUUAAUCUGUACCCUGUUCUUUCAAAUGAUGGCCCUUCAUCUUCAGAAGAUGUUUUGACUGAGAAGUCACCUAGUGAACAUCGGAGCACAUUUCAUCUAAACUCUCAGCGUAUGUCAUGACACUUUAGCAUAAUCAAGGCAUUGAGAAGAAUCCUUUAGGGGAGAAUGUUAUAGUUUUUAUAAAAGUAUUAAGUACAAACAUGUGAUUCCACUCAGUGAUUUGUUCAAUUGUUUAGAAUGGUUUCUGAUGAGACUUCACAAGUUUCCACGAGUUGAAUGAGUACCAUAUUUAUGCGUUCCUCUCUUACUGUUAACAUUAGGUUUGGGGGACCCUCAUCAUGAAAAAGACGUACGUCGGAAUGGAUUAUUUCUUUGCCUUGGUAGUGACCUUGGGUUGUUCAAUGUUCAUCCUUUAUCCGGUAAAAAUGUUCAGACUCAUGCUUUCAAUUUUAAUAUCUUUAGUAUCGAUUACAUUUUAAGACCUGCUGGAAGUUUGGUGAUGUUUUCCUUUCCUUUUUUACACAUUUUUCACUUCAUCAAAGGCCAAUCCACCCCUCUCAUGCCAGCUUGUCCUAGUUAGGUCGUUGCAUGCUAAAUAAGAGUUUUACAGUAAGCGGGCUUGCAGCUAAAAGAGUUGAGGAUUUUGUGUUGCCAAUGACCAGAUGUUACUAUUAUUUUCUCACCAUUGCACCAUGGUUCUGACCAUUUGUCAGUUCACGAUGUGUCAAAGUGUCUUAUCUCUUUUCUCACGUCAAAGUACAGACUUGUGGUUCCUAUUCAAUAUAAAUUAGAAUAAAAGUUAUGAACUUUGAAUUUUUGUGUCUGUUAGGAUGCUCUUGCAGUUGUUUUGCUUUCUUUCCCUCUAAUUUUUAAUUGAUCAUGAGGACAACCAAGUUUAGAAGCCAAAAGCUAUCUUAAUUUGUUAAUUAAAAAUUCAUGUGAUGUUGGUCAAUGAACUUGGGUAUUUUCCUCUGACCAUGAGUUCUUAUCACCAAUCCUUGCCAUGGUCUUAAACGAAUAGAACCUUUUGACUACUUUUUGUCCUAUCAUGCGUACUUACCAAAUCCGCUGUAAUUGGAUGGCUACUUUUUGUCCUAUCAUCCGUACAACCAAGUUUAAAAAUUCAUAUGAUCUUUCUUUCUAUCUAAGAGUUGAAGUCCUACAGGAGGAAGGGGGAGGAGAAGAGGGGUUGAGGGAUUUUGAAUUUCCUUAUUGAGAAAAUGUUGGGUACAGAGAAAAGAAAAUGGGGUAUUGUAUCUAGGAGUUGAAGUCCCAAAGGAAUUCCUAAAGAAAAUGUUUCAAUUUCUAUCUAGGAGUUGAAGUCCUAAAGGUUUCUUUUAAACGUAUUAUAAGUUGACUUUCCUAAGGUACAAUUUUAAACUUUCCAUAGCCAACAAUCUUUGCUCGAUUAAAAGCUUGCUCAGAUGUAGUGUUAAACAUAAUAAACAAACUGACAAAUCCUUCGGUUCUUCACUGGUUAGUUUUCCUAGCUCUUUGACCUGUUAUUUCGGUCAAAGUAGCUGUUGCAAAUUUUCAUGUUUUGAAUGCGUCAAUACUUUGGUCACCAUGACAAGAAUUAAAAUUUGGAACUUAAUUAUAUUUUUAUCUGCAGAAGUAUUAAUGUUGUGGAUUUAACACUUAUAACCAGUUGUCGAUGCCUAAGUUGUAGGGAUUGACUUUUGUUAUCAUCACGUAUAGACACUUUGAUCAGGUGCCAACCCGUAUAAGCCUCAAUACCUAAUAUUUAGUUCACAUUUAUAUCAGAAAAUCGUUAAGUUCUUAUAUGUUAUGCCUAAUAACGCCGGAAGAUCAAUACUUAUCCUAUUGAGUUCAUUUUUCAGCCAGUCUUGUCAUAGAAAGGUUUCGUUCCUUUGAUGAAUUUCAUGCGAAGAAAUGCACAAGUCAGUAAAAACAUUGAGGUUUUAUAGUCAUUAAAUCAGGUAAUUGGUCGAAUAGAUUACUCUAUUGGUGAUCAUAUCAGAGGUCAAAACGCCGGGUUGAAAAAAACCGCAUCUAACCAUUCAGUACUGACGGUGUCUUGCAUUUAAAUAGAACCGUUGGAAUUGUAAUUUUACCGAAAAAAAUCCGUUGUUUAUUUUUGAUCUCUCGUGAUCUGCCUUUCUCUCCAUUGUGGUACAUGCCGUGGACUACUCUAUCAAAAAUUGCCUCAGUAGAUCACACUACUAAGUAAGGUUAUUUUUCUUUGAGAAAGAGACAAGUGAUCAGUCAAGUGGGAUGAGAAAGUUGAUAAGGGAAAAAAGUGAAUCAUCAUAUGGUCCAGCUUGUUCUGUGGACUCCAGAAGUUAUGAUUCGCAUGGUGAGCAGUUGAGAAAGUCUGACAUGUAGGAUUUUGGGUCAUGCUGAAUGAACUAACCCGCUUGUUCUUUUAGACUGUAAAUCCUUCCAACAUACUCAGGUGCGGGGAAGUUUCUUUUACUUGAGAAACUCCCUUUGACUUAAAACCUUUAGGCCCCGAGGGGAGACCACUAGUUAUAUGUAGAUACCUUCAGUGCUUAUCUCUGUAUAGUCACUUCCAUUCUCACAUUUAGCUCGGGUUUUAAUUUUUCCUUUUUGUCAUCUUGUUAAUUAUGCGCCUAUAAUUUUCUUGCAUUUUUAUGAAAUAUAUAUAUGCUUCACUUGUGAAUAACGAGGUCGUUUGUUCCUGUGUGAUGCUUCCAAACGAAUUGACGAAUACAGUAUAGCGUGAAAUCGCUCUUGUUUUCCCCCCAAAUGUAGGCAUCGACAAGCAUUGGUCCAUACAGUACAGGAAGAGAAAGCACUGUUUGGGGAAUUCUCCUAAUGAUCGGCUAUCUGGGGUAUCAGAUUGCUGCACAUUCUUUUUCUUUGGCACUCGCAUCAUGUCUUCUCAAUGGAUUACAGUAUAUUGACUCACGAAAAUUUCAUCCUUUCACCUAGUUGUUUAAGGAAAUGUUAGCAUGUUUUCCUUUGGUGUUUUGUUUUAUGAUUAUCAGCAUGUGGUCCAUUAUCUUCUUUAUGCACAUCAUUUUAUCGUUCAUAAUUUCACAAUGAGUUAUAUCUUUCCGUCCUUUCAUCAGAGAAGGAGCUAUAAGGAAUUAUAAUUACGAGUAACAUUCUCUAUAGUGUAGCCCAUCAUUAAUUAGAAGUAGAUUUCUUCUGGGUUGAGAGCUAAACAGGAUGAAAGGCCUUCGCCGUCUAGCUUUCUUCUGGAAUUGCAAUGUCGUCUAUGUUCUUACUAGUUUUGAUAGAGUGGUCUUAAGCUUAAGAAUUUUUCAGUAUUAAUUUUUUUUUUCUCUGUUAAUUCUACGAUCAUCUCUGAAAGAAUUAUAAUUCAGGUUUGACGGCUUCACGAGUACCUUUCAGGAUAACCUUUUCAAGGGUUACGAUAUGGAAAUACACAAUCAAAUAUUCUACACAGCCUCGUGUUCUUCUCUCCUCAGUCUGAGUGGUGGGUCCCUGUUUUCGCUGUUAUCUGGCCUUGAAUUAUGUAUAGUUUAGCGUGUAGCUUUUAUGAAAUGGCAUUCCUCCUGGGCAUUUUCUACUUAAAUGGACGGAAAACGAAAAUAAUCGUGCAAGCAUUUCGUCCUUUAAGCCUUUUUGAAAUGCCUUGAAAUACCGUCUACUGGAUGCUGGAGGGAGGAAAAUCUGCCUUUCUUCUGGAGGAAAUAAUUAUUUUUUCUUAACCAUUUAUAAACCACGCACAUGAAUUUAAAUAAUUUGUAUGCGAAUGUUUAUAGUAAAUUAUAAAUAAAUGUUGAUCCCAUCUACGCAUGAAUUUUAUUUACGAUGAGUCAGUCAUGAAAACUUAUUGUGUUGCAAUGGAUAAAGGAGAUCAUCAAGUGCAAUUCUCGCAUGUUCUUUCCUAUGAGCAUGAUCCACAGUAAGUGUUUGAUCUUUUUAAUAUACUAAACUCUAUCAUUUUAUGAACCUAGGACUCGUAAUACAGGGCCAUCUCGUUUCAGCAAUUGAUUUUGUCUUUCACCAUCAAGAUUGCUUCUUUGAUGUGGCAUUGUUAUCCACCGUAAGCAACCUCUCUCUCUCCCUCUCUCUCUCUCUCUCUCUCUCUCUCUCUCUCUCUCUCUCUCCCCAUAUAUAUAUCUAUAUAUAUGUAUAGAUAUAAAAUAGAUCUGUCUUAGUCUACAAGGAUGUUUAUUUCUUCAACAUCCUCAAUCUUAUCCCAAAUGGGUCUCAACAGAAACAUAUUCCGGAAAUUGGUUCUGAUUUUUCAGGUUGCGACGAUCAGUCAGUUCUUCAUUUCCUACACAAUCCGCACAUUUGGGGCGCUUUCGUUUGCCACUAUUAUGACAACGAGACAGGUAAUAUGUAAUGAAAACUCCUCUCUCUCUCUCUCUCUCUCUCAAGCUUUUCGUUACUGCAGCUGGUGAGCAUCCUGCUGUCCUGCCUGUGGUUUGGUCACCCCCUGAGCUCACUACAAUGGAUUGGAGCUGUAAGCGUCAACCCCUUCACUAGGAGAUUUCUCACCGUCGGCUUAUUACAAUGGGAAUAACACAUUUCUCGGUACCUGAUCAGGCCGUCGUCUUUGGUGCCCUUUACGCAAAAAUCUUUCUGAAGACCAACUCCUCAAAGCCGGCACCAGUAAGUGAUGAACCGCAUGGAAGUUCGAGCUCAGAAAUAGUCAAUCCUCGAGUGGUGAACACCACGAAGAUUUAA